CACUGUUUCGAUCCGCGUCAAAAUGGGGUUGUUGCCUCUCGAGUUCAGUGACUGCUUGUCAGAUAGUCCAUACUUUAGAGAAAACAUCCAUGCACACGAGAGAGAGUUGGAAAAUACGAGUCAGCAAAUCAAGUCGAUGAUUAAGGAAUGCAAAGAUUUACUGGCAGCUGCAAGAACGUUAUCGAAGGCUCAGCGUAACUUCUCCAGCACGCUGAUGAGAUUCAAGUUCGAAUGCAUCGGCAACACACAGACAGACGAUGAAGUUGUGAUAGCUGCAUCUCUGAAGGAGUUUGGCAAACUCAUAUCGGCAAUCGAGGACGAGAGAGAUCGCAUG